AUGCUAAUCUGUCGUGGUUGGAAACCACUACUCAAUGCUUCUUCUAUUAUAAGAGACCCUAUACGAGCUGUUCUUCCAGGAGCAACAAUUCCAACUAAAAGGACUUUUCAUAACAUCAAUCGCUUAUAUGUUGAAAAUAACACAGACGGUAUCACAACUAAGACAAAAGAAGAGUCUCAUUCGACGCAGAUGUUCAAACCUCCGGAGACCUCUCAGUAUGAAGGCUCUUACCAAAGAGAUUAUGAAAGAAUAGCAAAAUAUUCGUUAAUACCAUUAACAAUUGUACCUUUUUAUGCAUCCUUGACCGGUGGAGUUAUGUACCCGCUAUUGGAUGCAUCCUUAUCAUCUGUUUUCUUGAUAUACCUUCAGUACGGUUUCACGAGCUGUAUUAUCGAUUAUAUACCGAAGGAGAAGUAUCCAAGAUGGCAUAAACUAGCUCUUUAUAGUCUUUACGGAGGAUCCAUGUUGUCUUUGUACGGUAUCUAUGAGUUAGAGACAAAAGAUAAUGGUUUUGUUGAUUUAAUAAAGAAGCUUUGGAAUCCGAACGAUGACCAUUUGUAUAUAUUCGGAAGAAAUUGA